AUGUCAACAUUUGGAGCUACACCUAUUCGAGUCAGAAAAUCAAAAUGGGGACCAGAAGAUGAGAAAACAGUUAUGUCUAACGUUGCCAACAUCCUCCCUCCAAACUUACCUCCUGACGUAUUGAACGCAUUUUUAUUGCGUUUCCAGCUUGAAGAAGUUCAAUAUAAAAUGAACCAUCUUCAAGAAGAGCGUAAAAACAUCCUAUACGGUGAGACAUUAAUCAACAACAUGAAUCCUGACCAAAGAGGAUUUAUUCAUCCUGAUGUCAGAGCCCGCGAUGCUUUGGUAAAGGAAAGAAGUCAAAUUCUUAAUGCUAUCGAAAAAAUCUUUCCUGUUUUUCGUCCACCUCUUUCGCUUAAAUUUGCAGUCAAUCAGACCGUCAAAGCUCUUAAACUUCCAAGCCAGCACGCAAUAUCAGUCAUCAUGGGUAAUAGAUGCAGUACAAUGAAUGGCCUUGAGCAGUCUUUCCGCGUUAAAAUUUCUUUACGUCCUUCAAUGAGACAGGCUAAUGGCGAAGAGACAGACUCCUACAUUUUAAUCAUCGGUAAUAACUCUGAUGAUGUUGAUCGAUGCUACAACGAAUGUACAAGAAUGAUCGAAAGUUCCCAGGGCAGAAUGAACAACAUGUCAGAAGAAGAUGAAAUCAAGAUCGAUACUGAUUCCCUUACCGUUUCCUUUAAUACAAAGGAAGUUUUACCACCUUGGACAGAUUUCUCAAACAAAACCAUCAGCAACUUCAAUCAGAACGAUGAAGUUAAUGGAGAUAUCGAUGCCAUCCUCAAAGGAGAAACUGGAGCCUUUGGAAGCAAUAACGACGACAUUUUAUCCUUACCUGAAUUGGAACGCUACGCAAAGGAUGUUACAGUUCAUGACUUAUCAUCUGUAUUAAUUGAGCCACCACCACCAGGCUUGGAAGCUUAA